CGUCCACACCGGCAUAAACAAGCAAAAAGACAACAAAAUGACGAAUUUCGUGAAUAUGGAUAUGUUUUCAAACUACCAGAAGUAUAUAGACAACGAGCAGGAGCUUCGAGAGAAUAUCCGCCUUGUGGUGAGGGAAAUCGAGCAUCUGGCAAAGGACGCGCAAAUAAAGUUGCAGAUAAUUCACAGCGAUUUAAGCCAAAUUAGCGGCGCCUGCGGCUCGGCCCGGAAGCUAAUCGAAGCCUGUGCCGAGAAGUAUGUAAAAUUGGCCACAUUGGUGCCACCAGGGCAAUACUACAGAUACUCCGAUCACUGGACCUACAUUACACAGCGGUUGAUUUUUCUUAUUGCCUUGGUCAUUUACUUGGAGGCGGGCUUUUUGGUGACUCGCGAAACAGUGGCCGAAAUGCUGGGCUUGAAGACCAAGCCCGGUGAAGGCUUCCACUUGGACGUCGAGGACUAUUUGCUGGGCAUAUUGCAGCUUGCGUCGGAGCUCUCGCGGUUUGCCACGAAUUCCGUCACGAUGGGCGACUAUGAGCGCCCCCUGAACAUCUCGCACUUUAUUGGAGAUUUGAACACGGGCUUUCGAUUGCUCAAUCUGAAGAACGACGGCUUGCGCAAACGCUUUGAUGCCCUCAAAUACGACGUGAAGAAGAUCGAAGAGGUUGUCUACGACGUCAGCAUACGUGGCCUAUCCAACAAGGACAAGGAUGGCGAACAGUCGGCAGCACCAGUCGAGUAGUUCAGCCCAUACUCGGAUCAAAAAGACUCCACUUUCCUUAAUAUCAAAAACCAUCUGAAAAGUUCAGUUUAUAUUUAAUCUAAGACACCGGUACAAGUGAACGAUGUUAAGCUUGAAAGCGCAUUCUUGCUCUGUUUAAAUACAUAUAUCUCAGUAGUCGGGAA